UUGUGGGGUGACGAUGUUGCGUGACACAAGGUGUAAAAUCCCACGCUGAGUUUCCGUUACUUUUUACUUAACAUGUGCUCAAUUGUGUUAUAAUUUGCACAAUGUAAACAGUGACAACUGAAGUAAAUGUUAUUUAUUAUUUCGCGUGUCCGCAAUAAUUGUCUACACUGCCAAACAUGAGCGUUUCCGCAAAUCUCAAGAAACACAGCGUUCACUGUCAACCAGAUGUUCAUAUAAUGGGUUGUGUCGAGCGAACGCAGGGAGACGGAAUGGAAAAUGUGACGGUAGACAAAGUUGAGACUAACAGCAGCACGACUAAUAAGCAGACACGAAGUCGUUUGGGUGACACACUUAUUUACCAUCCUACGAAUCUGAAGCAAUUGGGGUCAACUGCUCCGGUCACUCCCACCGGUACAAUAGUAAAGUUAGUGCCAAAGAAUAUUAGUAGCGCAAAGCAGGAAAAGCGUAUUUUGCAUUCCUUAAAGUUAAAAGAACCGAAGUUCGUACCGUACGAACCGUACAAGGCAGCUGUUAAUCCGAUAGUGCCACUGAAAAAAAAGAAUAAAAAAUUGCCUAGGAAGGAGUCAAAUGUGAAUUCUACAGUUGCUCAAAUUGCCGCGAUGAAGAUUCAGGAUUCGGAUGCGAGAGCGAAGGAUUGUGCCGAAGAAAGUCGAGAGAAAUCGUGGGAGAACGAAUGGAAGAGCGAGAAAGAGGCGUACGAGGCUGAAAUUCGCAAACUGAAGGAGGAAAAUAGUCAACUGGAAACCCAGUUGAAAUUUCAAGCACAGGUCAAUGGAGAGUUAAAGAAUUUGUUGGUUGCUGCAGUGGGAGAAGAUUUGGAAACAAGAGUCGAUCUGUUGACUAAAGACAAUCUGCAACUUGCACGAGCUCUCUUGAACUCUGCCCAGUCUCUGUCCACGCAUCAAGAACAAAUGGAAUGGUUGGCAGGCCAGUGCGAAGUUUGGAGAAGUAAAUUUCUAGCUAGUAGCUUAAUGGUGGAAGAUCUGGCGAGAUGGAAAGCUGCCCUUUGCCAGAGAGCGACAGAACUGCAGGAAGCCAUAAAACGACUGUUAGAAGAACACAACGUCAUUCGCGAUACAUCGCUCAAAACAUAUAAAAUGCUCACAAUCUUGCGAGAAAAAUUUGACGCUGUAGGAACAACGUCCGGCAAGAAGCAUGAAUUAGCCGGCGCUAAUAUUUUAGAUCUUACUCAGGGAUGUUGUCAACUCGCAGAAAUUCUCAAAGUCAGUCUGCUCAGUGGUAUUCCCGAUUCGGAAUUGCAAAAAGAGAUCAACACAAUUGGUUUGGAUAUGAAAACUCUUGCCGAGAAUAACGCAGAAAAAUUGUUGAUGAAUCAAAAACUUCCCAUGACCGGAAGAGAGGAUGUCGCUUGUACCGCGGUGAUGGGAGCGGCAGUUGCAGUCGGCGGACAAAUGUUCCUUCCACGAUGCGAUACUAACAAUGUCACAUGUUGCCCACAUUGCAGUGGGGAAAUUAAACAAAUUUGAAAAUAAACCCCUCCUCCUCCCCUUUUAUAUCUUCCAUUCUCAUUGCACUUUUGAUACUAAAUAUAUUAGAUA